AUGAUAAAUCAAGCGUCCAUACACAAAAGAAAACAGGUAGCCCACCUAGAACAGACACUAAUGACCCUUAGGACCCUAGAGGCCCAACAUAAACUUAACCCAAUGCCAGAAACAAACGGAAAAAUUGCAGAAUGCCAAACAAAAAUUAAAAAAUACAUGGCGAAAGAUUCAACCAAAGCACUACUGUGGUCAAAACAACUAUUUUAUGACAAAGCAAACAAAGCAGACACACUACUCGCAAGGAAACUCAAGCAGAGAACAGAACGUAAACAGAUCACCAAAAUUAACACACCAGAAGGGACUCUCACAGAAAAACCGAGCGAGAUAGCCGGCGUCUUUCAGAAAUACUUUGAAGCCCUGUACGACCACUCACCUACAACCCGACAAAACCCAACACACACCAACACUCUUAUUAACCAAUACCUACAACAGGUACCUCUACCUUCCCUCCCAACAGAAGCAGAGGUAGCACUAGCCAGCCCCAUCAUGCCAGAAGAACUCGCAGGAGCGAUCAAAACACUGAAACCCAAUAAAAGCCCGGGCCCGGAUGGGUUCACAGGACUCUAUUACAAAACUUACGCUUCCACCCUGAUCCCCCACCUCUGCAACCUCUACAACGCGAUCCUGGCAGGCGACCGACUACCACCAGACAUGCUACAGGCCAAUGUAUGCCUCCUCCCCAAACCCAACAAAACCCUCCUAGACCUGGGACACUACCGACCAAUCUCACUCCUCAACGUCGACAUUAAACUACUCACCAAACUCCUAGCAGACCGCCUCAACCCAUAUCUAACCCGACUAAUCCACCCAGACCAGGUGGGCUUCAUACCCACGAGACAGGCCAGCGACAACACUAGACGGACAUACGACCUCAUCUGGACAGCUCACACAAGACAAAUCCCGACCUUAAUACUUUCGCUUGAUGCAGAAAAAGCCUUCGACAGACUACUUUGGCCCUUCCUAUUCGCGACCCUCGAAAAACUCAGAUUCCCACAAGAAUUCAGGAACGCGCUGACAGUACUAUACGCCACACCUCAAGCACACUUACUCCUACCGCAUACACAACCCCCCUCCUUCACGAUUUACAACGGCACGCGUCAGGGAUGCCCACUAUCCCCAGUCCUAUUUGCACUCUCCCUUGAACCGCUCCUACAGAGCCUCAGGCUCAACACCGACAUAACCGGCCUCAGAAUACGAGAAGAAGAAUAUAAAACGGCAGCAUAUGCAGACGACCUACUCAUCACAAUCACGGAACCCAUAACCUCCUUACCACCACUUCUGCACGCCCUAGAAGCAUAUGCGGCGGUAUCAGGGUACAAACUAAACAUAGAUAAAACAGAAGCCCUCUCAAUACACAUAGACCCUUCCACAACAGCAGCCAUCCAAGAAAAAUACCCCUUCAGACUAAAGCCCACCCACAUACAAUACCUAGGGAUCGCUAUCCCGGCAGACCUACCCCAAUGCUAUGCUCUGAACUAUACACCCACGAUACAGAAAAUAACCCACGACAUCUCUACCUGGCAAAACAUGCCGAUCUCGUGGCUGGGUAGACUAGCGUCAGUCAAGAUGAACGUGCUCCCUAGGCUUCUAUACCUAUUCCAAACCCUACUGAUACCAAUCCGGAGCAGCGACUUCAAAACACUGCAAACAACCAUCGACAAAUUUAUAUGGGCCAACAGACGCGCCAGAAUAAAACGCCAAACCCUAUAUGUACCCAAUAGAGCCGGGGGCCUGGGCUUACCCCACCUUAAUCAUUACUACCAGGCAGCCCAAUUAACGCAGGCCCAAAACUGGCACGCCCCAUACGGAGUUAAACGUUGGGUAGAUCUUGAACACGACAUCUUCGGCAGAGACUUCCCCUCACUAUACAUCUGGCUACAGAAAUCAGCGAGGCCCCCGCUGCCCCGCACAUCACCGGCGAUACUCAACACCAUAAACAUAUGGGACAAAACAACCCACAAGAGCGGCCUCACAACCCAACACUCACCAUUAACCCCGCUACUUCGCAACACCCACUUCCCACCGGGAAUGACACCCAAAGACUUCGCCCGCUUUGAGGCAAACGAUCUCACUCGACUGUUCCACUACUACAAAAACCAACAACCAAUACCUUUCCCAGAGCUCCCACAUACAACACCAUACCGUACAUUUUACAUGUUCCGCCACAUCCAAAUCAAAAGCUUCCUAGACAUGCCAAUAACCAAACAAGCAGGAACCAAAGAGCUCACAUCCUUUGAAAAACAAUGCAUGCAAUCCCCGACACAAAAAGGCCAAAUAUCCGCACUCUACACACACCUAAUCCAAAAUGUUAAAGACGGGGCCCUUACAUAUGUGUCGGCUUGGGAGAGGGAUCUAGGCCCGGCAGAAGACCCAACUGAUUGGGCCAGGAUCUGGGAGGCCACAGCAUCUAUAUCAAUCUGCGUCAACCACAAAGAACAGGCGUACAAGACACUUAUGAGAUGGUAUCUUACCCCCCUCAGGCUCAAACAGAUGGGCAGGUCAGACACGGACACAUGCUGGAAAGGUUGCGGACAGAAGGGCACAUACCUCCACAUGUGGUGGGAAUGCACACCCACCGCACAACUUUGGCAACAAAUAGCUUCCAUGGUAUCGAAAAUCCUCCACACCGACAUACCACUAAACCCCUGGACAUGGCUCCUAUCCAAACCACUUCCCAACACACCUAGGGCCCAAAACAAACUAAUUGCCAAAAUAGCACUGGCCACUAGAAGAGCCAUCGCCGAAAAAUGGGGUAGCCCAGACACCCCGACCGUGGGUACAAUAACCCAAAAAAUAAAGGAGACAAUUAAAAUGGACGAACUGUCCGCACUGGUACACGACUCGACUAAACACUUCCACAAAAUCUGGGACCCAUGGUUCUACGAAAACCCUCUCUCCACCUGAAACACACACACACCCACACUACAAAAACGCUCCGCAGACACUUAAACCACCAACACCUCCCAGAACCAUCAGACACAUCCCCUCUAGUACCAGCCACCCACACACACAGAAACAUAAAAGAGCCAAGACCACUAAACAUAUCCCCCAACCACACAAACCGAGAGAACCCCCAGACAAGAAACCCCAAAGGGCCGAACAAAUCCCCCAAAACCGGACACCCCGAAACAAACACAACAGAACCAAACAUACCCGCCAACUAAAAAAACAGCUGAAACAGCCUAAAUCCAGCGACCACACAUCAAAACCACCAUACCAACAUCCCCAUAAAUAAGCGAAACCACAGCACAACCCCAACAAGAGGUACCCAGCACACCCUUAAAUAAUAGAAAACAUACAGAUGGGAAACCAUAAAAGUGGGCCACAAUAGAAGCAACAUACAACAACAACCUAAAUACCCAUAACAUCUCAGACUCACCAACGGGCUGAAAACCCACGCUGGCCGACACACGCAUCGACUUACCAGAUCACCCCUUAUAACUGGAUCCACACCCAGCCUGAAAAACACAACGGAAACAACAGGUGAAGGUAACCCACCCCACACCUCCCCUUUCCCCGGCACCCCUCUUACACCCCCAGACAUCACAGUGAACCAGACAACCCGACCAAAAACGAGCAUAGACAACACCUGAACUAAGAAACAAAGCAAAACAAGCAGGAAAAAGCACCCCCAAACACCUGCCCCCUCUCUCCCACCCAAUUGCACAAUAUGCGCUGACAGCGUACGACGCAACCCACCACGGACACUACACCACGCAAAAGGCUCACACAAACCAACUCAUUCCCAAAACCACCCAGACCCACCAACAUAAAGAGAACCGGAUUGAUUUAAAGGAAAAAUCUAAACUGUAUGUAAAUGUACCCCACUGACCUUCCCUCUUCUUUUUUCUGUACCCCACCCAAUUCCCAAAGAAAAGUUGAAAAAUAUGCCACAUGAUAUAGCCUGAUCAUAUGCUACAUGAGAAUAUGAUAACUCUGUUAAUUAUGUAUGACAAUUGUACCGCCAACUUUUCUUUUCUGUAUCCCCACGUUAAAUGACAAAAAUUUUCAAAAUAAAGAAUUUAUAAAAAAAAAACAUUUUUUGGUCAGAACUAGAGUGCAUUACUAUCCUUGGUGUAUUUAAAACAAUAUUGAAAUGAUCUGUCUCUAAAACACAUUUUGUUACACAUUUCAGUCUAGGGAGAUGAUUAUUGAACUUGUUAUAUAUUUUUUUAUAUUUUUUAUUGCAGGCAAUCUAUCCAGGGCUGAUAAAGAGCUUCUUAUUGUAGCAACCAGCGCUUAUAACAAGUGCCCUUACUGUGUGACAGCUCAUGGAGCUCAGCAUAUAAUACAUUCUAAAAACCCAAGAUUGGCUUACCAGGUAGGUUUUGAUAAGCAGUGUCUCAAGCAGCAUCAGCAUUAAAACUUUAAUAAUUGCUAAAGAAAAAUAGCAGAUACUAAACACAUAACACUAACACACUAGUGAAAACCUAGGUAAAAGGUUAAAGGUAUAGCCUGAGUAACGGGGGGAGAAGGAGCACAGGAACACUGGACUACCAAACAUGCCGGAAGUGGUGUGCGUCUAUACUGAAAACAUAAUAUAAUGUUUUAGACCCCUUAUUUCAAGGUAGCUUGGUUUAACUGCUGUUAUGUAGAAACUUUGGGAGGAUAUAAUCCAGUGAAUAGCAUAUAUUACAUAGUGAUAAAAGCUGAGGAAAGGCAAGAAAUAGUAAAUGAACAAUCAAUUAUAGGCAGGUGUUAUAUAGAAUGCUUCCUAAAUAUUACUGGGGAUGGAAAAAAAUGAGAGUGAUCAGAGUUGAUAUUAACAGAUAGGUGAAGCAUGGGCAGGAAAGCAAAGCCCUCACUAGGAAAUGCUGCAAAGCGAUAAAAUUAACAAAAAGAUGGCUAACAGUCAGCAUGGCGUAUAAGUCAGCAUACGUAGCAACCUGAGUACCUGCCUGGUAUUAGAUUCCUAGGACAGUGCAAGGAUGCUGCCCAUACCUUGGCACUGCUAACCAAUAUGAGUGCCAAGCAAAAACUUUAUAAUAAAUGAUUACUGGGAAGCCUAUACUUUGUUACUGCAGAGCAAAUCUAUACGUACGUAACAAUACCUGCCCAACACUGUAACCUGUAACAAAACCCUAACUAAACAAAACUAUCACAGUGCAAAGUGCUACCCAUUGUGCAAAACCACAUAAGCAUAGCCCAAAAUGCAUUUAGGUGUAACAACACCUUUGUCAGAGAAAAUAAUUAUUUUGGUGUCAUAGAUGAGUUUCUUUACCUUACAUCCCACUGCGCACCAAUUAGUGCUGAAGUUCAGCAACCUUGCCUAAGAUCAUCAUUUUUGAUAAUCUCAGCCAAUCCAAUACUUUCCUAUAGAAAAGCAUUGAGGCCGGUGCGCAUGCAUGGCAAAAUGUGGAACUGUGGCAAUUAAAAUCAGAGGUCGGGAUCCCAAAUGGUUCUGUAUGGAACACCUUACCAUAUUGCAAAGGAUUUGGAAACAUGAUCUGCAGAUUUAAAAACCAUAUAGAUGAGCGAGAGAUGUCAAGUCUGGUAUAUAUAUGUAUGUGUGUUACUCUCUAUAUAAAUAAUUCAAACCACACAAAUAAGUAUACUUACCGUACAUUUAAAUCCACAGCCCGCAGGACCUUGUGUAUCUACAUAUAUACAUACAUACAUACAUUUAUAUAUAGCUGAGGAUGGCCAACAUGGGAAAAGGAAGUAGGUGUUUCUACAGCUUAGUCAUUCCUAAAUUAUUGCAUUUCCAAAGCGCCAUUAAUUUGCUACUUUUUAACCAGAUGCUUUUUUUUUUUUUUAGAAAUUGUGAUCAAGGAGUUCUUUGUGAUAUAAUUAGUAUAUUCAUAAGCUUGCUGGACAAAACAAAAACACAAUGGCAGCCAGAAUCCAGAUACUAUACACAAACCCUAAUUCUUCACACAUUUUCUAGCUUUGUAUUUCAGUCCAUUUAUUAUUUUAAUAAUAGGUUAUUAUCAACUGGGGUCUAGCAGAACUUAACCAGCGAGAACGUGCGAUGGUGGAGUUUGCUUUAGCAAUUGCCAAACCAGAAAAUAUCACCGAAAUCCACUUCAAACAGCUGGAAAAGCACGGUUUAGACCGUGAAGAUGCUUGGGAUAUUGCUGCGAUUACCGCCUUUUUUGCCAUGGCUAAUCGUCUUGCAUACUUAAUGGAUUUGCAACCUAAUGAUGAAUUCUGUAUGUCUUGA